CAAACCCCGGAAGUGCAUGGCAGAUGUGCUUGCAAUGUUUUCAACACACUCUGCGGUUUUCAAUGAACAUCUUGCUGCGGUUUACAGACUGUGUUGCAGACUAGGAGUUGUCACAAACUACGUGUGAAAGGCUAAAGGUUUGCUCUGCUUGAUGCUACAAGAAAAACUUUUGUCGAUUUCUUUCAACACAUUAGGUUCUAAGACUCCCAAAGCUACCUAAUCGUGACCUUACUACUUUACUAGUUAGCUUCAUUAUUACGUCAUUUUAGGUCAUACAUUGUUACUUGGACAUUCAGGCAGCCUAAAUGUGAAUAUUGUUUUACUUACAGUGGAACGUAACGCAGAUCAAACUGCUUCACACACUGAGUGGUCUGCCAAAUUACACAUCCACCGCUAUGACAUCUGCGGAGUUGCAGCAAUCUAAUGCGCUGGACUUUAUCUGGACUAUCGAAAUAAUGUAGAGCUUGUUCUGAUCAAAAACGUCCUCUGAAUAUAAUUGUGUAGUCAGGAUGGGCCGAUUCUUUAUCUCGUUGAAAGAUUAAUCCGGAACAUGAUAUCAUAGCCAUGGCUACGUUCAGGGCGAGAACGUUCCUUCUGAACCUUAAGUGUACCGUCCACAGACUUGGAGCCUCCGUAAGAGUCCGGCUCAUACCGAGCACCAGAUCAUGCCCUAUCAGAAGGAGCCAUGUUUUCACCCAGAUUCCAAAAGUCACUCUGCUGUGCUGGGGUGCAGCCUACACCUCAUCCUGGACAGCACGAUGCCAGGAGGCCUCCCUUACACCUCAGACCACAGACAGGAAGUCCUUAGCUAAAAUCCAGGUCCACAGACUAAUCUUCUUCCUGCGUCUCGGCCUCCGAGCCCUGGUGCUCCUUCUCAAGUUCGGCCCGCUGCUCCUCCUCUACCCCCUGACUCUGGUGUCGUCCAGCUGGGCCUCUCGCUGGCUGGCCGUCCUGCUCUGGGCCACUGAGACGUCCGGCCCGACCUUCAUCAAGCUGGGCCAGUGGGCGAGCACGCGGAGGGACGUGUUCUCCCCAGACUUCUGCGAUCGCUUCUCCCGGCUCCACGUGUGCGUGCGGCCGCACUCCUGGGCCCACACCAAGCGCUGUCUGAGCCGGGCCUUCGGGGAGGGCUGGAGGAGGCUGUUUGUGUUCCAGGGAGGGGAGCCCGUGGGCUCGGGCUGUGUGGCCCAGGUGUACCGGGGCUGGGCUAGGGCGGACCACGUGGACGACCCGGACUUCCAGACCCUGGUGGAGGAGCUGGAGAAGGAGGAUCUGCUGGAAGCCUGGGAGAUCCCUGGGCUGGGAGGAGCGCUGGGCUUGCUGUGGGGGCUCGUGAAGGGCAAGGAGGAGGAGGAAGGGAGGAGCCUCCAUGGAAGGAGUCUGGAGGAGAAGGAGCGACUGAUACCUGUGGCUGUGAAGGUCCUCCAUCCAGGGAUCCGGAAGCAGGUGGAGAUAGACCUUCUGCUGAUGAGAGCAGGCAGCUGGCUCAUCAACUGCCUGCCUGGACUCAAAUGGCUCAGCCUGCCAGAAAUAGUGGAAGAGUUUGAGAAGCUCAUGAUCAAACAGAUUGACCUUCGGUUUGAAGCAAGAAACAUUGAGAGGUUCCGCGAAAACUUUAAAGAUGUGGAUUUCGUGAAAUUUCCGACGCCCCUGCGGCCGUUCGUCACCAGGUCCAUCCUGGUGGAAACCUUUGAGGAGAGCGAGCCCAUCUCCAACUACCUGAGCCCUGAGGUUCCCUCAGAGGUGAAGCAGAGGAUAGCCAGGAUGGGAGUGGACACCUUACUCAAGAUGGUGUUUGUGGACAACUUUGUCCACGGAGACCUCCACCCAGGGAACAUCCUGGUGCAGAGCAUCGCGGCAGGGCCCGGGGCCCCCGGGGGCAGAACCACCCUGACAGACCUGUGGGACACGGUGGUGGUGAGUGUCAGGCCCUGUCCCGCCCCCCUGCAGCUGGUCCUUCUGGACGCCGGCAUCGUGGCCCAGCUCAGCGACACAGACCUGCGCAACUUCAGAGCUGUGUUCACCGCUGUGGUGCUGAAACAGGGGGAGAAGGUAGCAGAGCUCAUCUUGAACCACGCCAGGGCCAACGAGUGCCAGGACAUCCCUCGCUUCAAGAAGGAGAUGUCCGAGCUCGUGGACCAGGCACUGAGCAACACGGUCGCUCUGGGGAAGAUCCAAGUGGGUGAGUUGCUGUCCAGGGUGUUUGGAUUGCUGAUCCACCACAAGGUAAAGCUGGAGAGUAACUUUGCCUCCAUUGUGUUUGCCAUCAUGGUCCUGGAGGGGCUGGGCAGAUCCCUGGACCCGAGCCUGGACAUACUGGAGCUGGCCAAGCCUCUGCUGCUAAAGAACUGUGCCUCUCUCCUCUGAAACACACACUCGCGCGCAGUAUACACCCCCUUCAACACCAGGGUUUCCAUAGAGCAGGCUCUCCAACCCUGUUAGAGCAGGUCUCCUUGACCCUGUUGGAGCAGGGCUCUCCAACCCUGUUCCUGAACAGCUACCAGCCUGUUGGGUUUGGCUCCAGCUACAUUUGUUUGACCUUAUUUAACAUCAGUUACCUGAUCGACCAGGUGAUUAUUGGAAUCAGGUGGGCUAGAUUAGGGUUGGCGCGAAAACUAUUCCAGGAACAGGGUUGGAGACCCCUGUUAGAGUAACCACACACACAUACACACACACGUGUCCUCCACGGUCCACAGGGUGUGCAGUGUUUUGUACCAGAUUUGUGCCGUCACGCUCGACUAGAAUUAAGAACACAAAAAUAUUGUUACAUCCAAGUUAUGCUAAUAUCUUAUAAAAAGUCAUAAUUACCUCAUAUCACACUGAUAACUGACAGCCUUGUAAUGCAUCUUUUGAAUUUUUGCCUGGUUAACGAGUCCAAACAACCAUGUAUCCUUAACAAUUCUCCUAUUUAGUGAAUGUUUUAUCCCGGCUCACCAUCACCCAUUCAACUGUAGCACAGGCCUGACUUGGGUCAGAUAUUUUUACAUAAUUUAUAACUAAGCAUAGGAUAGGAUCCUUUCCUUUUAAUUAUACUAUAAGCAACAAAUGUGACAAUCUUUUGUAAAUCUCACCAGUGUUACUUUAUUUCUUAGGGUUUCUAGUCAUAGACUACACUACAUUCGGAAGUCACCAUCAAAUUUAGCGCAAAUGUGUACAUUUCUGUAUGAUAAGAUAUUUCAAGAUUACUUUGAAAUGACUGAAUGAUAAAUAAAGAAUUAAAUCAACUUC